AUGUCUGACAAUAAUAACAACAACAAUGAUGAUGGCGUCAAUCUUCUCAAGAUUGUGGAGUUGAGAUUGCAGCUAGGAAGUUCAGAAGAUGAUCAAGAAAACGAUGAGUCCAAACAAACCCAAGAUGAUCAUGAUGGUGGUUCCUCGAGCCGUUCUCCGCCUGUGGCUUGUCUUGCUGCCGCUGCUGCCACUCCUCCUCUUCCAACAUCAACCACAAGUGGCUUUGAUAUUAUGAAGAUUGUCAGAGAAAGAGCUGAUGCUGCACGUCUUGAGACAGCUGGAGGCUUGGAGCUAGUAGCACUCACCGAAAAAAUUGGCACAACAUCACAGAUGAUCGAUAACAGCCAAGACAGAACCACAGAUGAUGCACAAGUGCCACAACCUACCAUUCUAACAAGACAACCCGAAUAUUCUAGACAACAACAACCUGGGGCAUAUGCCGUUGAUGGUCCAGGUCUUGCUAACGACAGAGAAAAUCAUUCGAAUACCGGUAGUAAUCCUGGUACGAACGAGGAAGGCCUUGACAAUUGGGUUGAAGAAAUUGCAGAUGAUGAAAUCAUUGCACAUCCGAUAGAUGAUGAUCAGCAGAUAGGUCUGUUACCCAAUGCAGAGCCACUUCCCUCCAAUGCGAUAUCCAGAGCUUACUACUGGAGGCAAAAGUUGCUUUGUUCCCUUUCCGCUGAGAUCAUUGUGGCUUUUGUUGCUGUAUUUUUUUUUGUCCUAAUUUUUGUGCUGACAUCCUCUAAGCAAGGAAACAGAAAUCAACUACCAAAUCAAAAUGAAUCAAUCCGUAUCAUUCCUGGAAAUCCUGUGGAAGCCACAACAUCAGAGACCUUCUUGGAGUCACUCAAUCUACCUCAGUGCACACUAGAGGCACUGGCAAACUCCAGAUCUCUACAGUCCAAGGCCUAUCAAUGGUUGGUCAACAACAUCAAUAACCAAACCACCACUCAACCACAUCUACCAAAAUGGAGACUGAUACAAAGAUUUGCUAUGGCCACGUUCUACUAUUCCACAAGAGGGGACUAUUGGGUGAAAAAUCGGGGAUGGCUGGAUUGGGAGACUAAUGAAUGCAGCUGGGAACAAAUAGUUUUUAAUCAAACCUUUUCUCCAGACCUGUGCUGUAAUGAGAUGGGAGAAAUCAAGGCACUGCAAUUUUGGAAUGCCAAUAACAUGGAAGGAACAAUUCCUCCAGAGAUUUCGUUGCUGGGAAAGAGCUUGCAAUCGUUCAAAGUGCAUCAGCAAUUGCAACUCAGAGGGACUAUCCCCACUGAGUUUGGACUGCUGACAAAAUUGACUGGAUUAGUAUUGAGUGUGACAAACAUUGAUGGCUCAUUUCCAUCCGAGUUUGGUCAACUGCAGAGUCUUCAGGAGCUUCAUUUGAUUCUGACGUCAAAUCAGGGGCAAAUUCCUUCUGAGAUUGGACGACUGAGCAACUUGUCGACGUUUGCUGUGGUGAGAACUGAUCUAACAGGUUCAGUACCAGGUGAGCUCUACAAAUUGCCUGGCCUGCAGUCUCUAACAAUUCAGGAGUGCCCUAGGCUGGAAACUGAAUACAUUCUUCAAGAAGUCAUUCAGACUGCAAAAAAGCUUCGUUCGCUUAUGCUAUCAAGCCAAAGCAGUGGGACAGUAAUGUCAAUUCCAUCUGAAAUUGGCAAGCUGACAGAAUUGGAACGGCUCCAUUUGAUUGACUGGACAAAUCAGGGCACUAUCCCGAGUGAGCUUGGGCAGUUGACAAAACUGACCUCUCUCUACAUGCCUGGGAACUCUAUCUCUGGAAUUUUGCCACAUGAAGUCUUUGAACUGACCGAGCUGAUCAACCUCAAUGUUGGCUCCAACCAGUUGCAGGGCACACUACCGCCAGUUCUCUUCUCCAAACUUUCCCAAUUGAAGUUCAUAUCCAUCAAUGACAACAUGUUCUCGGGCACUGUUCCUACAGAACUGGGUCAGCUGUCUGGUCUCAGGAAGCUAGAAGUUCAGAAUACCAGCCUUUCUGGCACGCUCCCAACAGAAAUACUUAUGCUGGAGCAGUUGACCUGCUUGGUAGUCACAGAAACAUCCUUGUCAGGUAGCAUCCCUGAAGAGCUGUGUGACAGAAUGUACCAGCAGGAAAUAAAAUGCUAUGGUCCUCCACCGUGUAAAGUCUUGCGAAUGAAUACCAGCAUCACUGCCUGCCAUGGCACUUCCCUCUGUGGGUGUGAUUGUGGUCCUUGUAAACCUAACUAA